UCCAGUGUACGCCCCAUUCACCGCGUUUGUUGAAUGUGCAACAAUGCCAGCGAACAUCAAGCUCGUAUAUUGCCGAAUUUCACCAUCAAGGCCAUCGGGUCUACUCUAGUGGGCACAAGCCAAUCGAUUCGAUUGAAACCCUCUCGCGCCCAAGAUGUGCCUCUGCACGGAAUACGAUUCACCCACAUGCAUCCAUUCAUGGGUGUCUCUUGUUCAACCUUGCAAUCUGGGCGCCAACCUGAUUACCUGCCCUUACCCGCAACCCGUUUCACGAAGCAUGGCGCCUUUACAUUGCUGCCCCGUGUGCAACGGCUCCCCUGCAGAUCCAGCUGCAACUCAGAUCAUCGGACGUCGAGGCGAUGGAAUGCUGGGCGCGGUUGUAGGCAUGGUUGGGAAUGGAGUGCAGAUUCACCACGAGCAUGGACACUGUCAUGGCGACCUUGUCAGAUACGAUGCCUUUGGGCGACCGAGGAAUCAGCGGUAUAAACGAACAACCAAGACGGUUCGCGAGGACUACGGUGGUGGAUGCAAAUGUACGGUUAUGUGACUAUGGAAGAAUUGCAAACCAAGAACUGGGUCACAUCUUCGAGGAAGCUCUGGGCUCUUUAAGAAAUUGGGAUCAUGCGUGGACAUUGUCGAAUAUAACGAAACUGCGAUGGGGAGAGAGAGGAUCCAAUCUACACAUAUAUGUUUUCCCGUCUCUUUUGCUGUCCUCCACCCACAAG